AACCUUAAUUUACAUAUAGUUAGCUGCCAGCUAUUUGCAAUUGCAUCCACAAGUUCACAAAGACGUAGACAGCACUUUACUUACUUCUUUAAAUUUUCUAUUAUUCUCUUUUUAUCCAUAUAUAUAUAUAUAUAUAUAUAUAUAUAUAUCCCUGAAAUGCUGCAUGCUAAACAGUUCAUUUCCACGUAUUGAAUUCAUAGCUUAGUUUGUUUACAGAGUGCUCUUCUUCUUGGGGCCAUUAUUGUCUUAUUAUAUUUGAAGGCCUAAAACAUGGGAGACACUUGUCUGCGCCUGUCGAUUGGCAUCAUGGGGAAUGCUGCGUCUUUGCUGCUCUACGCUGCUCCCAUAAUAACUUUCGCAAGGAUUGUAAGGAAGAAAAGCAUAGAGGAGUUUUCUUGUGUUCCGUACAUCAUUGCACUAUUGAAUUGUUUCCUUUAUACUUGGUAUGCAUUGCCUGUUGUAAGCUACAGGUGGGAAAAUUUCCCAAUAGUUACUAUCAAUGGCCUCGGAAUCCUCCUCGAGUUCUCUUUCGUUUUCAUCUAUUUCUGGUAUAGUACUUCGGCUAAAGAGAAGAUAAAGGUAGCUGUUUCUGUGAUGCUUGUGGUCAUAGUGUUCACCACCACUGCACUUAUCUCUGCUUUCGUUUUCCAUGACCACCAUCACCGGAAAGUAUUCGUCGGUAGUGUAGGAGUGGUGGCCUCUGUAGCCAUGUAUUGUUCUCCACUUGUUGUUGUGAAACAAGUGCUGGUAACAAAGAGUGUGGAGUUCAUGCCCUUCUACUUGUCCUUUUUCACAUUCGUCUCCAGUGUACUUUGGAUGGCUUAUGGACUACUAGGCCACGAUCUCUUUCUUGCGUCCCCUAAUAUGGUUGGAACUCCAUUAGGCCUCUUUCAAAUUAUGCUCUACUGCAAGUACAGGAAGAAUAAGAUAAUCAUGGAGGAACCAAAUAAAUGGGACUUAGAGAAGAAUGACGAGAAGUCCAAACAGCUACAUCUUGUGGUCGAUGAUAAUAUCAACAGCAAGAGUUGAUGCAUGCAUGGCUUUGAUUAAUAACAUAUCUGUAUACUUUCGUGUAUUUUCAAAAGUCCUUAUUUAAUUAGUCCAUCUGCAUAAUGCACUCAAGAAAAGAAGACGAAAAAUGGCCCAAGAGAAAAAACCAACAUUAAUGGGUUAUUGUAUGGACGCUUUUUAACAUCUAUUUUGUACCUCUACAUAUAUAAGUAUGAUCAUAAGGAAAAAUAAAUAUAUAAGAACUGCAUGUCCUAUUUUGUAUGACAAAUAAA